AUGGAAGUCCAGACGCCCCCGAUCCGCGACAUCUCGUCCGUGGCCGACGACGCCGAGGCCGGGCUCAGGGUCAUGAUGAACGUGUCAGUGCCGCUGAAGGCGUCGAAACUGCCCAUCCGCGCCAAUGUGUACCUGCCCCUGGCACCACUGCUGAACACCGAAAGCACCGAUGCCAAGUUCCCCGUGCUGGUCACCUACGGGCCGUACGGCAAGGACAUCCCGUACGCGACCUUCUUCCCAGCCAGCUUCGGCCAGGUCAACCCGGAGCACAAGUCCGAAUACAGUGCCUGGGAGACGCCCGACCCGGUUUACUGGACCGGCCAGGGCUACGCGAUCGUGCGCGCCGACGAGCGCGGCCUGGGACAGAGCCCGGGGUUCCUGGAUACCAUGAGCCGCGGCACCAGCGAGUGCUUCUUCGACGUCGUGGAGUGGGCGGCCGAGCAGCCGUGGUCCACCGGGAAGAUUGGCUUGCUGGGCAUCUCGUAUUAUGCCGGCACGCAGUGGCGCGUCGCUGCGAGGAGGCCCAAGGGGCUGGCGGCGAUCAUCCCUUGGGAGGGCAUGUCCGAUUACUACCGCGAUCGGUGCCGCCAUGGCGGUAUACUUUCGGACAAGUUCAUCAACUUCUGGCAGAACCGUCAAGUGCUCGUCAACCAGUACGGAAGACCGGGGAGGUCGAAGCUUACAUUCCCACCGGACGGACCGGGUGCCCGCGGGCAGCUAGACACGAUCGAGGGCGAUCUACCUGAAGACGUCCUGGUCAAGAACCGCCAAGACCAGACCGUCGACAACGCCAAGUACCAGUACAGAGACCAAGACUACUACGCCAGCAAGGACUUUACUCCUGAAGAUAUCGAGGUCCCGUUGCUGAGCGUGGCAAAUUGGGGCGGUAUCCUACUUCAUUUGCGCGGUAACGUAGAGGGCUAUACCCAUGCUGGCUCCAAGUUCAAAUACCUCCGGUUCAUCACGGGCCGUCACGACUUGCCGUUCUACUACCACGACGAGGUAGAACUUCAGAAGAGCUUCCUCGACGCGUUCCUGAAAGGUGACGAUCGGGUGGGCUGGAGCAAGCCCGGCAAGGUCUCGCCCGUUACCGUCACGCUCCGCAAGGGCAACGUUGGCUUCAACGAUGCCGAAAAGGAGAAGACGUACCCGAAGAGGGAGGAAGAGGCUUGGCCGAUUCCGAGAACCAAGUAUACCAACUACUACUUGACUUCCGACGAGAGCCUCGUGACGAGCAAGCAGAGCUCCGAGCCGAAACAGGUCUCGUACCCGGCGCUCGGCACACUGGACAAGCCCCAGGCAGUCCAGUUCACUACGCCGCCUUUCGAAGAGGAAACCGAGAUCACUGGGCAUAUCACGGCUCAUCUGAACGUCUCCUUGACACCUGAGGAGGUUGCAAGGGAGAAAGACAUCGAUCUCUUCUUGACCCUGAGACACCUCAAUGCUUCAGGCAAGGAGAUUUACUAUACCGGCACAGCAGGCGAUCCCGUUCCCAUAUGCAAGGGCUGGCUCCGGGUGAGCAUGCGAAAGGUCCACGAGGAGAACCCCAAGCACAGGUCCUGGCUACCGCAUCGCGAAUACUUCUCGACGGACGUCCAAGAAGUGAAACCUGGAGAGGUCUACGGCGUCGACAUUGAGUUGUGGCCGUCAAACGUGAUUGUCGACAAAGGCAACCAGAUCGUAUUCGAGGUUGCGAGCGGAGACACCCAGGGCUCAGGUAUCUUCCAGCAUAACUCGGCGACCGACCGAUAUCCGGCGAAGUUUGCCGGGCAGAACCAUAUCCACUUUGGAGAAGGACUUGAGAACUAUGUGACGUUGCCUGUGAUCCCACCCAAGUAG